UCAUCCCUGAAAUCCCCUUCCAAGAGAUGAUCUCCUGAUGCCCCUAUUACUGUAUUUUCAGCAUAAGCCUCACUAUGAUAUCAACAAACACAGAGGCACCUGUAGCAAAUGUGACCAAUCCACUGCCAAGCUAUGUUGCAGCUACUCUCGAGAAUUGCACCGAUGACGUCCACAAACUCAGAAAAUCCUACCUGCCAUCCCUUUAUGGUGUGAUCUUUUGCAUUGGCUUCCUGGGCAACAUCAUGGCGAUGUGUGUAUAUACUUUCAAGAUGAGACCCUGGAAAAGCAGCACCAUUAUCAUGUUCAACUUGGCCUGUACAGAUUUGCUGUACUUAAUUGGCCUUCCUUUCCUGAUUCACUACUAUGCCAAUGGAGAGCACUGGAUCUUUGGAGAUUUCCUGUGCAAGUUCAUCCGCUUCAGUUUCCACUUCAACUUGUACAGCAGCAUCCUAUUUCUGACCUGCUUCAGCAUCUUCCGAUACUUUGCCAUCGUCCACCCAAUAAGGUGUUUCUUUGUUCGAAAAAAGUCAUGGGUUAUUUUGGCAUGCUCUGCAUCUUGGCUGAUUUCACUGUUGGCUGUGAGUCCUGUCAAUUACUUGAUUACCUCAAAAACACAUGAGAACAAAUCUGUCUGUCUUGACCUCACUAGUUCGGACAACAUGAAUGUUAUUAGGUGGUAUACCUGGCUUUUAAGUAGCUUGGCCUUCUUCUUGCCUCUAAUAACUGUGACUCUUUGCUACACUGCAAUAAUCUAUACUUUAGCAACAGGGCCCCACACUCAAAACCGUCAUAAACUAAAGGCUCGCAAACUUGUCUUUCUACUCCUAGUAGUCUUUUAUGUGUGUUUCCUGCCCUUCCAUGUCUUUAGAGUCAUUCGGAUUGAAUUAAGGAUAUACCCAGUUACCUGUGAUGUUGAAACCCAUGUCCAUGCUGUCUAUGUUAUCUCCAGACCAUUGGCUGCUAUGAAUACAUGUUGCAAUUUGUUAAUUUAUGCUGUGAUCAAUGAUAAUUUCCAGCAAGCCAUUCAGUCUCUUCUGCGAUGCAAGUCAAGCAACUUACUACAACCAGGAGGAAGCAGCAAAUCUGGAAUAUUAAAGUUAUGA